AAGUAGACAUGGCUGGAGUGACUCUCCAGGCCUUGGCAGGCCGACCUGGCCUGGGAACUAAUGCGUUUGUCCCACAGAGCCCACAAGAAGAUGAAGAAGACAGCAGGUCAGGAAGAUGUUUCAAUGAGAGUGAAGAUCCACAGCACCUGGAAGCUCCCCACCUCCUGCCUUUACUACCUAUAGCCCCUGGUUGCUCUCAGGAUGGGCUGUCUCCAUGCCACCUGUUGACAGUGAGGGUCAUUCGAAUGAAAAAUGUCCGGCAGGCUGAUUUGGUGAGCCAGACAGACUGCUUUGUAAGCCUCUGGCUGCCCACUGCCUCUCAGGAGAAGCUGAGGACCAGGACCAUCUCCAAUUGCCCAAACCCAGAGUGGAAUGAAACCUUCAGCUUCCAGAUCCAGACCCAAGUGAAGAAUGUGCUAGAGCUGAGCGUCUGUGAUGAAGACACAGUGACACCAGAUGACCAUCUCUUGACAGUUCUCUAUGACCUCGCCAAGCUCUGCUUCCGCAAGAAAACCCAUGUGAAGUUCCCACUCAACCCGGAGGGUAUGGAAGAGCUGGAGGUGGAGUUCUUGCUGGCAGAGAGCCUCUCUCCACCUGAGACCCUCAUCACCAAUGGUGUGCUGGUGUCCCGACAAGUCUCCUGCCUGGAGGUUCAUGCAGAAUCCAGGAGGCGGAGGAAGAGUAAGAAAAGCCUCCUGGUGAAGGUGACAGAAUCCUUCGAGAACACCCAGCGCAUCUCUCUUUGCCAGGAGCCCAGCUGCCCAAACCCUGCCUGCUUUCACUACCCCAAGUAUUUCCAGCCCCAGUUGCACGUGGAGGUGCCCAAGAGUCACUGGAAUUGUGGGGUUUGCUGCUGCUGCACACACAAGAAUGGCCCUGUCUGCCAGCCCCUCGACUGCUUUUCUGAUGGCCUGGCGGAGACUCUACCUGUGGGUGAGAAUUGUGAAUUACACAUGAAGUCCACGCCCUGCCCUGACACACUGGAUGUGCGGCUGGGCUUCAGCCUGUGCCAGGAAGAGCUGGAGUUUCUGCAGAAGCGGAAGGUGGUAGUGGCCGAGGCGCUGAAGCAGGUGCUGCAGCUAGAGGAGGACCUACCCGAGGACGAGGUACCGCUGAUAGCCAUCAUGGCCACUGGGGGUGGAGCAAGAUCCAUGACCUCCAUGUAUGGCCACCUGCUGGGGCUGCAGAAGCUGAACCUCCUGAACUGUGCCAGUUACAUCACCGGCCUGUCUGGGGCCACCUGGACUAUGGCUACUUUGUACCGUGACCCUGAGUGGUCCUCCAAAAACCUAGAGCCUGCUAUCUUUGAAGCCCGGAGACAUGCAGUCAAAGACAAGAUGCCUUCCCUGUUCCCAGACCAGCUCUGUAGAUUCCAGGAGGAACUCCGGCAGCGCAGCCAGGAAGGCUACAGGGUCACUUUUACAGACUUCUGGGGCCUUCUGAUCGAGGCCUGUCUUGGGGAUGAGAGAAAUGAUUGCAAACUCUCAGAGCAGCGUGCUGCUUUGUGCCAGGGCCAGAACCCCCUGCCCAUCUACCUCACCAUCAAUGUCAAGGAUGAUGUAAGCAACCAGGAUUUCAGAGAAUGGUUCGAGUUCUCCCCUUAUGAGGUGGGCCUGCAGAAGUACGGGGCCUUCAUCCCUACGGAGCUCUUCGGCUCAGAGUUCUUCAUGGGGCGGCUGAUGAGGAGGAUCCCUGAGUCGCGGAUGUGCUACAUGCUAGGUUUGUGGAGCAGCAUCUUCUCCCUGAACCUGCUCGAUGCCUGGAAUCUGUCCCACACCUCGGAGGAAUUUUUCCACAGGUGGACGAGGAAGAAGGUGCAUGACAUUGAAGAUGAGCCACUCCUGCCUGAAAUCCCCAAAUGUGCUGCCGACAUCCUGGAGACCACAGUAGCAGUUCCAGGGUCUUGGCUAUCUGAUACUUUCCGAGACAUCCUCACCCAUCGGCCCUUCGUGUCUGAGUUCCACAACUUCCUGUUUGGGCUGCAGCUACACACUGACUACUUCCAGAACAGCCAGUUCUCCAUGUGGAAAGACACGGUGCUGGACCACUUCCCAAACCAGCUGACAGAGUUUGCAAAACACCUGUGCCUGCUGGAUACUGCUUUCUUUGUCAACUCCAGCUACCCACCCCUCCUCAGGCCAGAGAGGAAAGCCGACCUCAUCAUCCACCUCAACUACUGUGCAGGGUCCCAGACAAAGCCCCUGAAACAAACCUGUGAGUACUGUACCACGCAGAACAUCCCCUUCCCUGGUUACGAACUCCAGGAUGAUGACAGCAGUCUCAAGGAGUGCUACCUGAUGGAGCAUCCCCAGGAGCUCAGUGCCCCCAUCGUGGCUUUCUUCCCACUCAUCAAUGACACCUUCCAGAAGUACAAGGCUCCAGGUGUGGAGAGGAGCCCCGAGGAGCUGGAGCAGGGCCAGGUGGACAUUUAUGGCCCACACUCCCCCUAUGCCACCAAGGAACUGACCUAUACGGAGGCUGCCUUUGACAAACUGGUGAAGCUCUCUGAGUACAACAUCCUGAAUAACAAAGACAAGCUCCUUCAGGCUCUGAGGCUGGCCUUGGAAAGGAAGAAACGCCUGAAGAACCAGUGUCCUUCCUAAGCCCCAGGCAGCCCAUCCAUCCCAUGUCUGCUUCUACUAUCAGAGGCAGGGGCUGUGCGGCCUAUGCAGGUAGCUGGGCUCUCUGGCCAGGGGUGCAGGCAGGGCUUUCUGGCCUGGGCUUUCUGUCAAAAAAUUAACACCUUAAAAAGGAGAGAGAAACAAAGGAAAAUAACCAGGAGCCAUAUUGGGGUCUUAAGCUCCUGGGAAUUUCUUUUACCACUUUCCUGCAGGAAAGGGGAUCUGGUGGCCACAGGCUCCCACACACACCUCGAGUGUAGAGAGCAGGAACUGGCUGGUUCCCAAGAAAUUUCAGACUCAGCUGGAGGUGAAGGUCUGGCAGCCCUCCCCUCUCUAACUCCUCUUCCUCCUCCCAUGGCAGGCCUAGGGGAAUGCAUAGGAAGACUAAGAAGUACUCUGGGUUUCUCUAGGAAAACCCUUUUUAAAAAUUUAAGGUAAUAAUUGCAUUCUUAUUAUUUUUAUCAUCAACAAUAUUUUGUGAUUUUUUUACAUUUAUGAAUCAGGGUAUUAAUAGGAAACCUGAAGCUAGAAGCUUGGCCAGGUGUAUCUAGGUGAAGUGCUAGAGACAUCCUGGUCUCUACUGUGACAAAGCCAAGGAGGUGACCCAUGUCAGUGGCACCUGUCCAGCCACCCAGAGCCCUGAGCUAGUAGUAUACACAUGAUCCACACCAGGCAAAGCAUCCAGUUCCAAUGAAAUGCCAGGCAAAGACGAGUCUGCAGCUCAGACUCACAGACAAGGAUCUGGGAUGCAGUUUGGAGAGGUCUGGACAGGCCACAGGUAAGUUGCUUCAGAUGGGCCAUGCUGGCCAGUGUGGCGGAUGCUCACUGACGAACCUGCCCCAGUAGUGCCUCUCAGCUCUUACCACAGUAUCACCCUGGUUUCCAGAUGGGAUUAUUUAUUUCUAAGUGAUUCCUCUUAUUUAUCAUGUAAACACCCCAACCAGGACAUCCUAGUUCUUAGAGACUGACUCAGAACAAAACUGGCAAGGAUGAGCUCAGAAAGGUGAGGAGAGAGAACUCAUUCUGAGAGAUGGCUUCCCACCAAGUUCCUGGGACACAGAGCAGCUCUAUCAAUGGAACCAACAGAACCCCUGCAGGCUGCGGACUUUGCUGAAGAAAGUACAAGCUGAGCCCCUGAGAUGCCCAGGCUGACAGAAGGUGAAGCGGGAAGGACAGAGAGGCCUGUGGUCCAAGUGAAGCCCAGCCAGCCUGAAAGGCACAGCCCUUUUUCUGGGCAUCCAUGCUAAACAGUCCUUUGGUUGUUGGGAAAUAAGCAGUAACAGGUACCUGAAGUUUAGAAAAAAUUGGGGUCCCAUUUACAUCCUUGUUACUCAGUGUGGAGGGGUGUAGAAAUGCAGACUCAUGGGCCCGACCCACAAAACCGGAAUGGAACCUGCAUUGCAAGGAGACUCAGCCCCACCCCCACCCGCCUAGAUGACUCCUAUGUGUGUUAAAGUUUGGAGUGUGGAUUUAUGCCACUCUCUCCCAUAAGCUUGGAAAGCAUGAAUUCAUUGACUCUCUUGAGUCACUGAUAAACUGGGCUUCUAGACCUGCAAAACUGGUCCCCACCCAGGUGAGCUAACCUGAAAUGUCACCCUUCCCUCCACCAGAGCUGGUGGCUGCCCUGACUCUUCCCUUAUAGUUAUAGGGAACAGGCUCCCCAGCGAUCAGAACACACCAAGCGCCAAGCACACUGUCGUAAGGUGAAGUCAGCCAUGCCUUGGAUACAUCAUAACAUGUGAAAUGAAGUUAAUAAAAUCAUUGUAUUAUUUGAACACAGAAUAAAAUGGU